AUGUCCGUCUUGUUGGUCUUCCAAUCUACCGCAAACGCACAACAGCCUACCACAACGACGAGUGUGUGUGAUCCAACAACCCCAGGAGACUAUAACUUGUCAUUGCACAUCGCUGGAGUCUUCAUACUGCUCGUGGUCUCAUCUGUCGGAAUAUACGGCACGAUACUGCUAGGAUCUUCUAGCUACAAGAAUCAUCCUGGCAUCUUGCUUACACUACAGAUCCUCAAGUUUUUUGGAAGCGGAGUCAUUAUAGCAACAGCUUGGAUUCAUAUGGUCCCUUCCUCAUUCGCCCAAUUCACGUCACCGUGUCUAACAGGUGGUUGGAGUAGUUACGGUGGAAACUUUACAGGACUGUUUGCCAUGAUCGCUGCUUUUAUCAUACAAUCUAUAGAGUUUGCAGCUAUGAGUAGACGAGACUGGCAAAUGAAAAAGGCUCUGGAAGCUCUCAAACCAGCAGAUUCCUCUGAAGGCCUUCACCAGCAACAUCACCACCACCACACCCAUAAUCACGUCAAUAGUAACAAUAAUCAUAAUCACAGUAAUCACAGUCUCUCGCCUCAUGUCCCGUCAAUGGCAUGGGCGCAAUCACCAACAUCUCAGCUGUCGAGUAAUCCGUCACCACUACAUCCAGACGAACAUGUGCAUCUGGAGCAUGUUCACGGCAGGAAUGGAGAUGUGACGUUAGCUGAUGUAACAGGUCAUUCUCAUGCUGCGCCACAAUCAUUUACUGAUCUGAGCACAUUCAUGUUGGAAUUGGGAAUAGUGUUUCAUUCAGUCAUUAUUGGACUUGCACUCGGAGUAGCGACUGAUGAAUGGAGUAGUUUGAUUAUUGCUCUGGCCUUUCAUCAGCUCUUUGAGGGAAUGGCUCUGGGAACUAGGAUUGCCGAACUAAACACCUCACUAUUUACCAAAAUAUUCUUUUAUGGACUCAUGUAUCCACUCACCACUCCGCUGGGGACCGUUAUAGGCAUUGCAGUGCGCUCAACCUACAAUUCCAACAGCGAAGGAAUGAUUCUGAUGCAAGGGAUUCUUGAUGGACUAUCGGCAGGAGUACUUAUGUACAAUUCAUAUGUGGAACUCAUAUCUGUAGAAAUGAAUCAUAAUCCGUCGUUUCGAGCUCAACCUCCAUGGCGGAAAGUAGCCGCUUUCGUGGCAAUGUGGUUUGGUGCUGGUCUCAUGGCUCUCAUUGGAGUAUGGGCUUGA